AUAAUAUUUUCAUGUCCGUACGAACAAACAAAACGCCGGCAUGCGUCCCGCCGCGUUCUUCCAACGCCAACGCGCAACUCUCUCUUCCCUUUCUUUGUCAAGCAACAGUUUCGGUUGUUCUAUGCACGAUAGAUAGUUUCUUCUUUUAGACAAAGCCGGGAAGACCGACGGUUCCUACAUCCAUCGGUGUCGGACAAAUACCGGCGGAUUUUGCUAAGAUUGUGAUUUCUCCUUUCAACCUGCGGGCCGACCGACCGAUUGAUCCAUCCGCCACGAAUAAUAUAUAGUACUACUGUCGGCAGCAAUUGGUACGAAUAUCGUCUCAAACAUAUGGGAAGUGACGUCAUCGGAGAAGAUGAUCAGCCUUCGUUGGAGUUCGUGGCCAGCGGAACCGGAAUUUUCAGUGUUCCCAAUAGGCCAACAUUUCAUCCCGAACGUCCUCCGUACCUUGAGCUCAGGCCACACCCGCUUAGGGAGACACAGCUUAGGACUUUCUUGAGGACGAUUGCCUGUACAGAGAGUCAGCUUUGGGCAGGGCAGGAAUCAGGAGUCAGAGUAUGGAAUUUGUCGGAUGCGCACAAGCCGGGAAGCGGCACGGAUGGUCAAGCUCGCCGAGGUGACCAGGACGCUGCACCCUUUUAUGAGUCAAGGAGCACUUCUCCAACCAUGUGUUUGAUAAUCGACUCCAGUUGUAAAUUGGUUUGGUCUGGCCACAAGGAUGGUAUGAUCAGGUCCUGGAACAUGGAUCAGACUAUCUAUGAUAAUCCUUUCAAAGAAGGUUGUUUGGCCUGGCAGGCUCAUGCUGGCUCUGUACUUUGCAUGGCAAUCAGUUCAUAUGGUGACUUAUGGUCAGGUUCAGAAGGUGGUGUCAUAAAGAUUUGGCCGUGGGAUGCCAUUGAAAAGUCUCUUUCUGUCUCUCCAGAGGAGAGGCACAUGACUGCUUCACUAGUGGAGAGAUCUGGCAUUGACAUUAGGAGUCAAGUUACUGUUAAUGGUGUGUGCAACAUUUCUUCAUCGGAUGUGAGAUCUUUGCUGGCUGAUAAUGCUAGAGCUAAAGUAUGGGCAGCUGGAGCUUUAUCAUUCUCCCUAUGGGAUGCUCGUAGUAGAGAACUUCUAAAAGUAUAUAAUGUAGAUGGUCAGAUUGAGAACAUAAUUGAUAUGCCCUCCUUGACUCAUGACCAACCAGUUGAAGAUGAGUUGAAUGUGAAGUUUGUUUCCAAAUCCAGAAAGGAUAAAUCCAAAAGAAAUAGCAUCCUGCAAUGUUCACGCAAUGCUAUCAUGGUUGCUGCAGAUGCUGUACUACGAGUAGCAACCAAAGGCGCUGUUGUGGAAGAUGCUAAACGAACAGAAGCUCUAAUUCUGACUGCAGAUGGGAUGAUUUGGAGUGGAUGUGCAAAUGGUGUACUUGUACAGUGGGAUGGAAAUGGCAAUCGUUUAAAGAAUUUUCAUCAUCAUCCUUGUGCUGUUAAAUGCUUUUGCACUUUAGGCACGCGGAUAUGGGUUGGCUAUGUCAAUGGGAUGGUCCAAUUGCUCGAUCUAGAGGGAAAUCUGAUUGCAGGUUGGGUUGCUCAUAACGGUCCUGUGAUCAAAUUAGCAAUUGGAUUUGGUUAUGUUUUCAGUUUGGCGAAUCAUGGUGGUAUACGUGGAUGGAACAUCUCUUCGCCCGGAUCACAUGAUAACAUAUUGCGGUUAGAACUCGCAAGAAAGGAACACAUGUACACAAGACGAGAAAAUAUCAGAAUUUUGAUUGGCACAUGGAAUGUUGGUGAAAGAAAAGGUUCUAAUGAGGCCCUUAUGACAUGGCUAGGUUCUGCAGCAAAUGAUGCGGGCAUAGUGGUUGUUGGGUGCCAGGAGGUUGAUAUGGGUGCAGGUUUUCUUGCAAUGUCUGUGGCGAGAGAAGCUGUAGGAGAAGGGAGUUCAAUUGGAAAAUGGUGGCAGGAUGCCUUGGGGAAGGCCUUGAAUGAAGGGACAACAUUUGAACGUGUAGGUUCAAGAGAGCUAGCAGGAUUGGUCAUAGCUAUAUGGGUAAGAAAGACCCUGAGACCUCAUGUUGGGGACCUGGAUGUAGCAGCUGUUGCUUGUGGCCUAGGUCGGGUAAUUGGUAAUAAGGGAGGUGUAGGUUUAAGGUUGAGAGUGUAUGACCGUGUACUGUGCUUUGUUAACUGUCAUCUGGCUGCACAUUUGGAAGCAGUCAAUCAUCGAAAUGCUGAUUUUGAUCAUAUCUAUCGAACAAUGAUCUUCACCCAAUCACCCAAUUUCCUUAAAUCAGCUGCGGGCAUAAAAAACCUGUUCUUAUUUUGCUCUCUUGCCUUUCCGAUGUUUUUAUGUUGGCUGCUUUAUUCUUCUGGCUUUCCGUUCCUCCUUGCUGUUGCAGCUGGUGUUUCAACUGCUGUUCAAAUGCUUCGUGCCACAAAUGCACUGUGGAAUGCUACAAAUGAGGAGAGGCCAGACUUGGCUGAAGCUGAUCUGGUUGUCUUUCUUGGUGAUUUUAAUUAUAGGCUAUUUGGUAUAUCAUAUGAUGAGACAAGGCACCUUGUUUCCCAAAGAAGUUUUGAUUGGCUUCUUGAGAAAGAUCAGCUGAGAGCUGAAAUGAAGGCUGGAAAAGUCUUCCAAGGGAUGCAUGAGGCACAUAUUAGAUUCCCUCCAACUUACAAGUUUGAUAAACGAAAACAAGGCUUAGAAGGUUAUGAUUCUGGAAAGAAAAAACGUAUACCUUCAUGGUGUGACAGGGUAUUAUAUCGUGAUAACCGACCAUCAUCGACAGCAGAAUGCAAUUUAGAAUGCCCUGUUGUUGCUUCAGUACUGCAGUACGAGGCUUGCAUGGAUGUCAUAGGGAGUGACCACAAACCCGUGAGGUGCAAACUGAAUGUUGAAAUUGCGCAUGUUGAUAGAUCAGUUAGGAGACAGGAGAUGGGACACAUUGUUAAGCACAAUGAAGAUAUCAGAGUGUUGCUUGAACAAUUGAAAUCUGUUCCAGAAACGGUUGUGAGCGCUACGAGCAUUGCCCUUCAAAACCAUGAAGCAUUUACUUUAAGACUCACCAACAGAAGUGGGAAUGAUUGUGCUACUUUCCAGAUUGAAUGUGAAGGUCAGUCCAUUGUUGUGGAGAAAGAGAAAAGGAGAGACUAUCGCCCGAGGGGUUCAUUCGGUUUUCCACGCUGGCUUAAGGUAAUGCCAGCAGCUGGUUUACUGGGAGUGGAGCAAGUGGUGGAUAUAUCAGUAGCCCAUGAAGAAUCGCAAGAAGAAGUGGAUGAUGAUGCUGAUCGUGGCUGGUGGUCUGAAGACAGUAGCACCGGAGACAAAGAAUUAGUUUUGUUGGUCAAUGUCCGAGGAAGCUGCUCAACUGAGACCAUGUCUCACAGGAUUAUUGUGCGCCACAGUUUUUCGUAGAUUUUUUUUUCUCAAAAAGAUAGCAAAACAGAAUUAUUGGUAUAUACUUGAACUGGUCUCUUACUGGCUUCCUUGUUCUAAUUUAACUAUGAAGCAACCUUCAAUUAGAAGGAGUAAUGAAUAAUUAAUUAAGGCAGGCAACUCUUGGGCGACACGACUCGGAGGGAGGAUCCGUGAUUGGUGUUGAGGCAGGAGGAUUGAGCAGGGCGGUUCAUGUAAGAGAGACUGAUGUCUUGGAGUUUGAUCCCUCUGCAAGGGUUGCUUUUGCUGCACUUAAACAGCACCGCCACCGGAGUUGCAGAGGUUCCUUUUAUAUUCUGAUACGUUAUGUCACUUAUCUUCACCCCGGAGGAACUCUACAUAUAUAUAUAUAUAUAUAUUAAUGAAUGAAUGAGUAUAGGUAUAAUUAAUUAAUUAAUUAAUUAAUUAAUUAAUUACCUGUCCCGGACAAGCUUGGUUGUUAGGACAGUAGUCCUGAUCGAUGAUAAUGGGAUUGUGAACGUUCUUCAU